UCGAUUAAAUUUCAGUUAGCAGAUUUUGCUAUAUGAUAGUAGGGUUAUUCGAGAUAAUUAUACAAGCACAAGUGAAAGAGAUAGUAUGAUUUGUGCUGGAAGAAAAAUACAGAACAUUAAUCAUGUUCAUGUUAAUUAAAAUAUUUGUUGUAUAGAUGACCUAAUACGUUAUUCCCAAAAAAAUAAGAGAGCUUGGUCAUCUGAGGUUGUAGACAAAAGAAGAAAAAGUACAACUCUUGACUGGGUUGUAGACAAAUGAAGAAAAAGUCAAAGGCAUAAUGUCUUUGGGAAACGGCAAGGUUAAGCUUACCUGAAUAAUACUUAGGUAAAUGAAUCUUUCUUUUCACUGGAAAGGCUUUGUACCUUGACAAGUGGGUUACACUCCGACACACAAUGCAAUCAUAAAUUCAUAAUUGACUCGAGGAGAUGAGACAUAUGAUGGGGUAGUUAGACAUACAUUUGCAUCAUUCUGAAAAGAGUGAGCUCAUGCAAAGUGUCAGACUUUAGAUCAGUUUGUUUUCAAUUUUGUACAAGAUAAUUACUAAAAUUUAAUCUUUGAGGCUUAGAGCAGUUUUGGAGGAUACAGUUUCAGAAGCCCAAGGUGCAUUUGUUGCAGGAAGAUAGAUCUUAGAUGUGGUUUUUGUUGCUAAUGAAGCAGUGGAAGAAUAUAGCGUUUUUGGGAAGAAUGGAUAUGACAAUCUUGAGUUGAGCUUUGUAGAUUUUAUUUAGGAGAAGAAAGGUUUUGGUGCAAAAUGGUGAAGCUGGAUGCAGGGUUGUAUUUACUCUGUAUCUUUUCCAGUGUUUGUGAAUGGGAGGGCCAAUGAAAAUUGUUGAGAGUACGAGGGACUUAGACAAGGUGACCCUUUAUCACCUUCUUAUUUACUCUGGUGGCUAAUGGUCUCAGUAGAAUGAUGAAUAAAGUUACGAAUAAUGAUUUAUAUAGAUUUUUUAAAGUGGGUAGGGAUGCUCUGUCUCUUUUUUACUUGCCAUCUGCUGAUGACACCCUAUUUUUUUGAGGUAUUUUGCAUGGUUUGGGGUUGAGAAUAAAUAUGGCUAAGAGUUUUUUGUUAGGUGUUAAUGUUCAAGAUGAUGUUGGGAGGUCUUUGGCUGAGAUAGUGGUUGUGAAGUUGGAGAGUGGUUAAUUAAAUACUUUGGAUUGCCUUUGGUACGAAUUGUUUGAGCAUAUCAUAUUGGGAGUUGGUUGUUAGAAAGGUUGCAAAAUGUCUGGAUUGAUGGCACAUAAUAUUUCUUUCCAGAGGUUGCAGGCUUACCAUCACUCAAGCUGUUUUAUCAUCAAUUCUUGUAUAUUAUGUUGCCUUUUCAAGAUGCCAAUGGGAGUUGGCCAUUCUUUGGAAAAUAUCACGAGAGAUUUCUAGUGGGAAGGUGGUGGUGGUGUGGGGGUAAUGAAGAUCAUUUAUUGGCUUGGGAGGAAGCUACCCAAAUUCAUGACAAAGGAGGAUUAGAUGUUGGAACUUGGUUAGGAAGAAUAGAUCUUAAGUUAUGGAAUGGUUAAGGAGAUUUCCUCUAAAGCCAAAUACCUUAUGGCAUAAAAUCAUUAAAAGUAUAAUCGGGUGUCAUAGCUAUGGUUGAAAUGUAGGUCAGGCCUCUUGGGCUUUAUUAAGAAUCCCAAGAAAUUCAUUUUUUAUUGUUAUUCUGAAUUCUUAAUCGUGUGAGGUUUGAAGUUUGUAAUGGUAGUCGACUGAGAUUUUGGAAGCAUGUACAGUGUGGUUCUAACUUCUAGGCCCUUGGAAUUUUCAUUUUCAAGGAAGGGUGACUGAUAGAGAGGUCUCUUCAUUAGGAGAGAGAGAAAAGCCAAGUAGGAGACUAGGGCUUUAAACCUUUUAAGUUCUUAUGGAAAUCAAAUGUUCCCAUAAAGGUCAAAGUUUUCGCGUGGCUGGUGGCUCUGAAUAAAAUAAAUAAGAUGGAUAAUAUUCAUUAACAUACAUAUUGGCUAGCAAUUGCUUCUCUUAGCUUUGGUAUUGGCUUCAGUUGUUUGACCAUAUGAGAUUUUUGCACUGACAAUUCAUAUGCUAGCCAUAUGAAUUUUAUUAAUGUUAUAUAUUUUAGCGGUGAAACUACCUAAACUUUCAAGUGUAACAAAUAAAUACCAAACCUUUUUUUGGGGCGAAAUUACCUAAGCUGACUAAAGCAUUGCUUCGUUAUUAUCCACUGCCUAAUAACGUUAAGUUUGCCAUAAAAAAAAGAAAAGCUUAAUGAAAUGGUGAGAAAAAUCACACUUUUUUUAUAUUUUAUUUCUGAUACUCUUUUAUACAACUUAUGGCUAGAACUAUACAUAGGCUAUACAAGAAUCACUACAUUAAAAAACAGAAUAGAAAACGAUUCCUAUACCCCUAGGAAACCCAAAAGAUCAAAUCAUUAAUACUAUUUCUCUAACUGUCAACACUCCCCCUCAAGCUGGACUAUAAAUAUUGAUGAGUCCAAGCUUGUUUGCUAGGAAAUCAAAUGCUUGUUUGGAAAGUCCCUUUGUGAGAAUAUCAGCUAAUUGUUGAUCAGUUUGGACAUAUCUAAUGCUGAUAAUUCCUCCAUCAAUUUUUUCUUUAAUGAAGUGGCAGUCAACUUCCACGUGUUUAGUUCUGUCAUGAUAUAUAGGGUUAUGUGCAAUGCUGAUGGUAGAUUGGUUGUCACAGUAGAGUUGAAUAGAGGCUUCAUAUUCAAUCCUCAAUUCUUCUAGUAGACGUUUGAUCCAUAUAGCUUCACAGACUCCAUGAGCCAUGACUCUAUACUCUGCUUCUUGCGACCACUGUUUGCUUUUUACUUCGCCAUGUGACCACAUUCCCCCAUACCAUUGUGCAAUAUCCAGAAGUAGACUUUCUAUCAUCAACUGAGCCAGCCCAGUCUACAUCUGUGAACACUUCAACUUUUCUGUCAGUUGUCUUCCUGAAGAACAGGCCUUUUCCUAGUGUUUGCUUGAGAUAUCUCAGAAUCCUAUACACUGCAUUGAGAUGUCCUUGACACGGAUCAUGCAUGUAUUGACUGACUAGACUCACUGCAAAAGCAAUGUCGGGUCUAGUAUGUGAGAGGUAGAUGAGUUUUCGUACCAGCUGUUGGUACCUCCCCUUGUCAACUGGACUUCCUUCAAACAUUUUCCUUUUAUGUCCGAGCUCAAUUGGAGUUUUGCUGGGCCUGCUUCCGAGCAUGCCUGUCUCCUUUAGAAGGUCUAGAGUGUAUUUUCUCUGGGACACAGAAAUACCUUUUUUGCUUCUAGCAAAUUCCAUACCCAGAAAAUAUUUGAGAGCACCGAGAUCUUUAUCUUCGAACUCAUUUGCCAACAUUUCUUUGAUUGAGUUCAUCUCCUCAGUGCGAUUACCAGUGAUAAUUAUGUCAUCAAUAUAUACGAUCAAUACCGCAAUUUUUCCACUUCCUAAGUGCUUAACAAAGAGAGUGUGAUCAGUCUGACCUUGUAUGUAUCCAAGCCCUUUGACAACUCUCAAGAAACAAUUGAACCAUGCUCAAGGAGAUUGUUUCAAGCCAUAGAGUGAUUUGUUCAGUUUGCAAACUAUGGUUGUCAUGAGAGACUCUUCGAAUCCCGGAGGCUGACUCAUAUACACUUCUUCUUCAAGAUCCCCAUUCAAGAAUGCAUUCUUACAUCAAGUUGAUGCAAUUCCCAAUCCAGGUUAACAGCUAGCGAGAGAAGAACUCUGAUAGUGUUGAGUUUGGCAACUGGAGCGAACGUUUCCGUGUAGUUAAUUCCAUAGGUUUGAGUAAAUCCCUUGGCAACUAAUCGAGUUUUGUACCACUCAAUAGAUCCAUUGUACUUGACUGUGAACACCCAUUUGCACCCUAUUACCUUCUUGUCUGGUGGUAACUCCACUAAAUUCCACGUUCCAUUGAGUGCUCUUAUCUCUUCAAGCACUACUGCUUUCCAUUGGGGAGAAUCAAGUGCUUCUUCAAUAUUCCUUGGAAUCACAACAUCUGAUAGACUAGAGGUAAAAGCUUUAAAUGGAGAUGACAAUUUUGAAUAAAAGAUGAACUUUGAAAUGGGGUGUUGGGUGCAUGUUCUAGUUCCUUUUCUCAAUGCAAUGGGAAUAUCUAGAUCUGACUGUUUGUUUGAUGGAAGAGUACCUGGAUCUUUUGAGGGAAGUGGUUCCAUCACCGGAUUUGAAGCUUGACUAUGCUGAGGAUUCGUAACCUGUUUAUUCCUUCUGGAAUACACCCGUAGUUCUUUCUGUUGGUCUUGAAGAGAAGAUCCAUAUUCGUGAGAGGGUUGAUGUUCAAGGCUCAGAAAACAAUGGAGGCUCAGAAGAAUAGAAAAGGGUAAUUUCUGGCUCAGAAGAAGAGAAAUGAGUGAUUUCUGGCUCAGAAGAGAGAGAAGGGGUAAUUUCUAGCUCAAAAGAGAGAGGACGGGAUAGAGGUAAUUCUAACCCCCACGACCAUUGAGCUUCUCUUUCGUGAUGAUUAUGAUGCUCUCCCUGAAACGAGGUGGGAGUGAAGUAAGGAGUAUUUUCAAAGAAGGUGACAUCACGUGAGGUAUAGGAUUUUUUUGGUGAGAGGACAAUAGCAUCGAUAGCCUUUCUGUGUAGGAGAAUAACCCAAAAACACCGUCUUAAUGGCUUUAGGAUCAAGUUUACUCCUAUUUUAGGAGUGAAUGUGGACAAAAGAUACAACCAAAAAUUUUGACAGGCAAAGUAUUUGCGGACACAUGAGGAUACAGAGUUUGAAAAACAGAAUAUGGUGUUUUGAACUGAAGGGGUCGACUGGGAAGACGAUUAAUGAGAUAAGUAGCAGUGAGGACAGCAUCGCCCCGAAGGUAUUUUGGAACAUGCGUAGUAAACAUGAGAGCACAAGCUACUUCUAAGAGGUGACGAUUUUUCCGUUCAGCAACCCCGUUCUGCUAGGGACUGUUUACACACAAACUGUGAUGAACAAUCCCUUUUUUGAGAAGGUAGGGACCGAGAGUAGUAUUAAAAUAUUCAGUACUAUUGUUGGUACGAAGUACUCUGAUAGAGGCUUGAUAUUGGGUUUGAAUCAUAUGAUGAAAGUUUUGAAAAAUUUGACAUGUUUCUGACAAGUGAUACGGGUGCGAUCAUCAAUAAACGUAAUAAACCAACGCUUACCAUGAGAAGUAGUGACCUUGGAGGGUCCCCAUAUAUCACUGUGAACAAGAGAGAAAGAACUAGAGGGUGUAUACAUCUUUGGAGGAAACAAAGCACGUGUAUGCUUGGCAAAUUGACAAAUGUCACAUUGAAAUUCAGCCACCUUCUUAUGAAUAAACAAAGAUGGGAAUAAUUGUUUUAAAUAUGAAAAACUUGGAUGCCCAAGUCGGCAGUGCCAUAACAUAAUUGUACGAGAAGUGAAAUCAGAUUUUGAAACAUAGGAAUUAGAACUAGAGCUUGAAUCCAAACGAUCUUGUUGUUCUUUUCUUUGAAAUUGUCCAUCAAAGAAAUAAAGUCCGUUACGAAUCCUAGCACUGCCAAUCGUUCUCCCUGAUGAUAGAUCCUGAAAGUGACGAAUUUGACACAAAUUUAGCAAGGCAAUGAUUAUCAGCAGUUAACUUAUGGACAGAGAUUAAAUUGCAUUUCAAGGAAGGCACAUAAAGAACCGAUUUAAGAUGUAAAUCAGCAGACAAUGUAAUGGUGCCAACUCCUACAAUAGGAGAGUAAGAUCCAUCUGCGAUUUUGACACUAGAUUUAGUGAAACAUGGAUAAUAAGAAUCAAAUAGGUGAGAUAAAGCUGUCAUAUGAUCAGUUGUGCCGGAAUCGAUUAUCCAUGGUGUUUGGAAAGUAGAAAGAACAUUACCGGACUGUGUAGUUGAGGUACUAUGAGAGUCGGUAACAAACUUGGCUUUUAAGGAAGAUGGAUUAGGAAUUGUGGGCCUAGACUUGAUAGAGGUAAUGGUGGACUGAUUAUGAGCCUGAGUUUGGAUAGGUACACUGGUUGGGGAUGAAAUUUUUUCAUUGUUUGACAUGUUGGAAAUAAUUAGCUGAACAAUUUCUGAAAAAAAAAAAUUUGGGUUAGAGACAGAUAAAAAAAAUUGAACAGUGAGCAAACAAAAUAUUGGGCCUGGAAUCAGUAGGGAAAAAGCUUGGGCUUGGAACAACAACUUGGGCCUGGAACAGUAGCUUGGGCUAUUGUGCUUUAGCCUGAAGGAAGAGGGAGAGACUCUGAAGGCUAGGGGGGCCGAGUGUUUACUGGAGACAAAAACAAAAAAAAUUGGCAGAGUGAGGAGCACCGGACUGGACUGGUCGAGACCUUUGGAGAACUGCCUGGGUUGUGCGGCGCCGGAGUAAUGACUGGAGACGACGCCGGAGUGGAGUGACUAGGGUCGGGUUGCGUCGUGGCUGGCCAUCUGAGGGCUUUUGCAGUUGGGUGGGCCGUGUGAUUGGACGACGGACUGGUUCUUGCCGAGAUCAAUGACUGAAACGGAUUUGCUGGAAAAAUUGGUAGUUGCUGGAAUGGACAGAGAGGAGCCUUACAGCUCUGAUACCAUAAUGAAAUGAAACAGCAUUGAAGCUUGAUAAUUUGAUUGGUGACAUUGAAGAUGCUGUAUCUUCAACCAUGACAAAAAACUUAAGGAAGUAUUAUGCAACACAAGACUCAGAAGAUACUCGUUUGCGUGCUAUUAAAACUCUGAGACUGACUGAAGACAUUUUAACUUCGGUCACGAAAAGGCACUCUCAAUGGGGACGUCUUGUUUCAGCAGUUGAUCACAGAGUAGAUCGAGCUUUGGCCAUCUUAAGACCACAGGCAAUUGCAGACCAUCGAGCACUUCUAGCUUCCCUUGGAUGGCCACCCUCACUAUCAUCUUUUACUUCUGCAGCCCCAAAUACAGCCAAAGUCCUCAAUCCUCUUUUUACAAUGCAAGGGGACCUCAAACACCAGUACUGUGAAAACUUUUUUGCUCUGUGCAGUCUACAGGAACUUCAGAGACGAAGAAAAUCUCGGCAACUUGAAGGCUUUAGUAGGGAAGUUGCUCUAUAUCAGCCACUUUGGGUGAUUGAGGAGCUGGUUAAUCCUAUGUCCUUGGCAUCCCAACGCCAUCUCUCAAAGUGGAUUGAUAAGCCAGAAUUUAUUUUUGCCCUUGUUUAUAAAAUGACCAGGGAUUAUGUAGACUCUAUGGACGAACUAUUACAACCACUGGUUGACGAAGCAAUGCUAUCUGGAUAUAGUUGCAGAGAAGAAUGGAUUUCAGCUAAUGUAUCCUCCCUAUCAACUUACUUGGCUAAAGAAAUUUUCCCCAAGUAUGUUGCACAGUUGGAUAAAGAGAAUGAUAUAGAUAUUCAAUCACAGGCUAGAGCAUCCUGGCUUCAUCUUAUUGACUUGAUGAUAUCUUUUGAUAAACAGAUUAAGUCUCUGUUGGAGCAUUCUGGAGUCUCGUUUUCUUUUCAGGAAGAUGGGAGCAUGCAGAAGAUUUCUUCUUUGUCUGUUUUUAGUGAUCGGCCUGACUGGCUUGACCUUUGGGCGAAGAUAGAGCUUGGAAAUAUACUAAAUAAGUUGAAAACUAAUUGUGAGGAUGAGAAAAAUUGGACAAUAAAGGUUCAGGGAGCAAACCUUUUAUCCAAUCCCGAAGAUUAUAAUGCUCCUCCAAUUGCUAGUGCUUUUCUACGACACUUAUCAGCUAUAAUUAACCGUUGUCGAUCACUUCCUAAGUUAUCCCUCAGGUCAAGGUUUCUCAGAUCAGCUGGUGCCCCUAUCUUAGUAAAGUUUUUGAACUGCUUGCUUUUCAGGUGCCAAGAAGCUGAAGGUUUGACUGCCUUGACUAAUGAUGAUGCCUUAAUUAAAGUGGCAAAAUCUAUUAAUGCCGCUCAUAAAUUGGAAUCUACACUAAAGGAAUGGUGUGAGGAUGUCUUCUUUCUGGAGUUGGGAUCAGUUCAGGGUGAUCAACAUGAAGAAUCUUUUAGGGAGGAGAACGAAGGUGGUAAAGGACCAAUUGGAGAUCUUGAAAGUGGUAUAUUUGAUUUGGAGACUGGAAAGUUGGAGGCAUUUAGAAUGGAGUGGGUUGAAAAACUAUAUGUUGUAAUUUUGAGGGGUUUUGAUGCUCUAUGUCGAGAUUAUAUGAAGAACAAGAGGCAGUGGCAGGACAAAAGUGAGGAAGGUUGGACUGUUUCGAAGUCUUUAGUUGGGGCACUUGAUUAUCUGCAAGGGAAAAUGUCAGUGUUAGAAGUCAAUUUGAACAGGAAAGACUUCAUUGGGGUGUGGAGAAGUCUGGCUUCUGGGAUUGAUCGAAUAAUAUUCAAUGGUAUUCUUUUGAGCAAUGUGAAGUUUUACGAUGGUGGAGUUGAGAGGUUUGGUAGUGAUUUGGAGGUUUUGUUUGGUGUGUUUAGAGCUUGGUGUAUAAGGCCAGAAGGCUUCUUUCCAAAACUAAGUGAGGGGUUGAGGCUGUUGAAGAUGUCAGAAAAACAACUUAAAACUGAUUUUGCAGGAUUGGAGAAAUGGAUGGAAGAAAACAGAAUUCGACAUUUGAGUGUAGUUGAGGUAGGUAGAAUCAUGAAGAACAGAGUAUUUGGUAGUUGAAAGGCUUCAAGAUAAAACCUAUUAUUAUCUUCAUGGUCUCAAAGAGUUGCAGUGGGAGUGGAUAUCAGAGAUGUUAUUCACUCGGGGAUCUAUGGUAUAAUGAGGAGAUCAUGUGUUGUAUAUGACUUGGGACUCCGGGACUGACACAUUUAAUUCUGAUAAAAAAGAAAAAAGUUGCGGCAUUCGUAAUGAUCUGUUGAGGAAUUUAAAAAAAUAAAAAUAAAUGUCCAUUCAAUUUAGUUGUUCUUUAUAAUAAAGUUCUCUAAAUGACUUGUAGCGAAACUACUUGUCAUUUUGCUUAAAACAUUUUAGCACGGCUGUUUUUACAA